GUGGAGAAUAAGAAUCAUGUGUGUUGCUCGAGUGUACAACCCACAUUUGAGUGACAAAUGACGAGGACCACCUAUAAAAACAACUAAGCGCAAGUCUACCCGAAUCCAUUUUCCUGUUUGUGCGCGCCUUUUCAACUAACUUUGGGAACUCGUAGACCAGGCGUCGUGCCCCUCGCAGCCUCGACUCCACCUGGGUUUCCCGCGCCCUGCCCGCCCGCUCCCGUACCUCCUUUUCCCCCAGGCUAAGGAUGGAGGAUCCCUUCGGCCCCUCAACUUUCUCGCCGGCGCCCAACGUCUCCGUACCUGUCUCUCCUGGCUGGGGUCUCAACUUCACUUCCGGACAGGGGCCCCCAGUGCCCGGGCCGCCGCCGCCGCCGCCGCCUCCCGGACCACCCAGCCGCAGCAUCCGCCUGGUCUUCCUGGGGGUCAUCCUGGUGGUGGCGGUAGCCGGCAAUGCCACUGUGCUGUGCCGCCUGUGCGGGGGUGGCGGGCCCUGGGCGGGUCCCAAGCGUCGCAAGAUGGACUUCCUGCUGGUGCAGCUGGCCCUGGCUGACCUGUACGCGAGCGGAGGUACAGCGCUGUCGCAGCUGGCCUGGGAGCUGCUGGGCGAGCCGCGCCGGGCGGCGGGAGACCUUUCGUGCCGCUUCGUGCAGCUGCUGCAGGCGUCCGGCCGCGGCGCUUCUGCCCAUCUCGUGGUGCUCAUUGCCCUCGAACGCCAGCGCGCCUUGCGUCGGCCGCAGGGCCAGCCGCUGCCCGCGCGCGCCCUCGCCGCGCUGGGCUGGCUGCUGGCGCUGCUGCUGGCGCUGCCCCCCGCCUUCGUGGUGCGCGGGGGCGCCCCCUCGCCGCCUCCCGCCGCGCCCUCGGCCGCCCGUACCUGGCCGGGCGAGCGUCGCUGCCGCGACAUCUUCGCGCCCCUACCGCGCUGGCACCUGCAGGUGUACGCGCUCUACGAGGCCGUCGCGGGCUUCUUGGCGCCGGUCGCGGUCAUGGGCGUAGCAUGCAGCCGCCUGCUCUGCGCCUGGUGGCAGCGCCUGCCCCACGCCCCACCGCCUUCAGCGCCCUGGUCGGCGACUCCCGGCCGCGCCCCUGCGCCCAGCGCGCUGCCCCGCGCGAAGGUCCAGAGCCUGAAGAUGAGCCUGGCGCUGGCGCUGCUGUUCGUGAGUUGCGAGCUUCCCUACUUCGCCGCACGGCUGGCGGCCGCGUGGUCGUCCGGACAGGUGGGAGACUGGGAGACCGAGGACCUGGCGGCGGCGCUGCACCUCGUGGGGGUGGCCAAUGGCGCCCUCAAUCCCUUCGUCUACCUCUUCUUCCAGGCGGGCGACUGCCAGCUCCUGCGGCGGCUGCGAAGGCGCCUGGGCGCAUUCUGCUGCUUGUGGGAGGGAAGAGCCGAGGACGAUGAGGGGGCCGGGGGCCACCAAGCGCUUCACCGCCACCGCUGGCCCCACCCCCACUACCACCACGCUAGACGGGAGCAGCAGGUGGAGGGCGGCUUGCGCCCACCCCCGCCGCGCCCCCGGCCGCUGCCCUGUUCCUGCGAAAGCGCUUUCUAGUUGCUCGAUGGCCAGACGGGUCAUCUGUCACCACCACACAGCCUCCGCGGAACACGAGGCUGGCCCGUUUCUAUCUAGAUCAAAACCAGCAGGAGAGUCUCCGAUAUUGGCCCUGAAGCUGUCCCCAUCCUAAACUGUUUCUUUCUAAUGUUUACAUUUUCCUACUCUUCCAGCUUCUUCUCGUCCUUUCGGUUCUUCUCACAUUUCCCAGUUUGGAGACGAGAGAGUUUGAGCCACUGGGAAGUUGUAAAAACAGUCGAAGAUACAGAUUUAUUUUUGCAGUUCUCUUUGACGCUCCCAUAGUGUUCUGGAUAGGAUCUUUUGGUUUAGCUAAAUUGUCAAGCUUUCAUUAUUUGCUGUGCUAUCAUCCGUUUUUACUUAUUUUGAGUCGUGUUUAAAUCAAGUGUACCUUCGAGACUAGAGAAUUUGCCUUUCUUUCCAGGAGGAAAAAUCCCUGCACUGCUCUCCCUGAGGAGCGUGGAGAUUUUACCAGUAUGCUGUCAGAAAUGUAAUCGUGCUGUCACUGCAAAGCCAGAGUAUUUGUAAAAUAAAAACAGUACCCACAGAGCAAUUAGUACUUUUUCCCCCAUGGUAAUGUGUUUUCCCAGAAGAAAAUCAGUGUGGCCUUUAUUUCUAGUCACUUUAAUAGAAGCUGGGAGUUGUAGGAGGGACACAUAAAAGCUUCCCUUUAGACCCUUCCAAACACACCCAGUUUCUGCAGGAAACUGUGCCUGGGGUGUUGCCUUUACAUCUAAGGUGUUGUGCUCAGGUGGAGCCUCUCAGCGCAGAGUCCCCAGCAAACUAGAAAAGCGAAACACGGAGGUGGUGGGCUCACUCCCAGACGGAGCCUCAUGGAAAUUUGUGGCUGGGAAGAAAGCUGCACCCUCCCCAUGUUGCAAGUAUCUAUACAACUCCUUUUUUAAAAAAUGAAGGCAAUGCCUGUUGGUGGGGGUCGCUGAGAACAAAGGCAAGAAGCAGAUUUAAUCAGUGACCUCCUCCUCUUAACUGUCCUUGGUUCUCGAAAGAAGUGGCAGCACUUACGAACACGGUAUCCACAUGUUUACCAGUGUCUUUCAUCUGAGAAUCUGCAAGAUUUCCAUGAUUGUGCUUCCUGUUGGUGCACAAAUGCCAAACUAAGAUGGAGAAAGGGGAAAUGAUUGCUAGAGUUCACUUGUAGAGCCAAUGCUCUUUGAGGGCUUUGUUUACUCCACUGAGGUAUCCCAGAGUCUCAAUGCUUGACCUGUACUAGACACUCAACACAUAUUUGUUGAAUAAUUCAUCAUAUGAGUCAGGCAAAGAUAGAAUGGACACAAGAUUUACAAAAUAUCCUCUAAGCUUGAUUUACCUUUUGCCCAAAUUCUGUCAAAAAAUGUUGGAGUUAAAGGUUUUCCUUCAUCUUUUUAAUCCUCCCCUCCCUGCUUAGGAUACUAUGGAGUGUGAUAUACCAAGAAUAAGUUAGCCAGAAAGAGAACACAGUUGUUUUCAUGACAUUAUUUUUAUUCAUUAGCAUGGGCUAUUCAUUGGCAUUUUUCUUUAUUAAUAAACACUAAUUCCUUAUCUUGUGCCAAGCAAUGUGUUAGGCAUUGGAAUACUAAGAUGAAUAACACACAUCUUUCCCUCAAAGACCUUAAAAUCAAUCUGACAAUUACUGCAAGAUAGCACAUGUGCUUUCAUAAGGGUUCCAGUCAGGGUGCUGGGUCACUGAAAAAGAACAUCUGACAAUCUCAGAGACUGAAGCAGUCAUUCCAAUGAUGACCAACUAAUGGGAAGCGGGAAAUGGGCAAAGGCAGGGGUCAAGGCAGAAGCAUAGAGAGACUCAAAAUAUGACCUGGUGUGUUACUUUGAAUGCUCCCAACCAAGAAUUUAAGACAGCUGAGUUGCUGUUUCUGUUACUGCAAUUGAGCACACCCUAACAGAAAAAUGGGUUCAGCUGGUUUAAAUUUAUUUUGUCACAUAACGAGAAGUCCAGUGGUAGAGCUGUUCCAAAGUUGGUUAAUUGAGUAGGUUCAUAACUUCAUCAUCAAAGACCUAGCUCCUUUUCAUUUUUCUACUCUGCCAUCCUGAGUUGGUGGACUUGACAUUAUGGUCUGUAUCCCUUGGGGUUACAAAAUGGCUGCUACAGUUCCAGGCAUCACAUUCAUAUAUGACAAUGUCCAGAAAAGGAAGGAAGAAUUUCUCUCUCUCUCUCUCUUUCUCUUUAACUCUUUAUAGGAAAGAAGAAACAUUUCACAGACAUCCUGAGCAGAUGUUCCUGCAUGGUUCAUUGGCCAGAACUAUAUCAUAUAUCCAUAAGCAGACCACCGCAAGGGAAAUGGGGCCACCAUGAUGGCCUAGACAUGGAGCUGAAGAUAUGAGUUGCAUGGUAACAGCCAAGGAGUAAGCAUCUGAGCCCAAGAUACAGGUCUUGCUUUAUGUAAGAUGUGUCUCUUAGAGCCACAGCCUGGACACACGAGGUGAGGUGGGAGACAACAUGAUAGAUUUAAAAAAAAAAAAAAAAAAAAGGCUAUGUGAAGAAUUAAAUGCAUUUCAGAAAAACUAUACAAUUAAAUUAGAGUUUCAUCAUUUUAGCCUCCAAAUUAUCCAAGUAAAGAACUAACUUGCUAGAAAUGGUGGAGAUUGCCAGCUGUUCACCAAAAUCCAUUUUCCCCUUCUUAACUGGCUGCUCAGUCAGAGACUACAUUUCCCAGCCUCCUCUGCCUCCAGUUAGAGCCAUGUGACCACAUUCCUAGCAACAGAAUGUGAGCAAAAGUGACAUGGCUGGCUUCCAGACUUGGCUUAAAAUACAGGGCUUGGGCUCCUCCAUGUUAUCUUUCCCCUUCCUGUUGGCUGGAAAGUAUGAUGUACCAUGAUGUACCAAUGAUCAGGUUUAGCCAUGCAGAUGAGGACAACAUCCUAGGGGGUGGCAGAGCAACAAGAUGAAAGGAAUCUGGGUCCUUUCUGGAUCUUGUGAGACAAAGACAGACUAAACUGGACAGAAGAUUAUGUGAGAGGGAAAUAAAUUUCUUUAGGUCACUGAAUUUUGUGACUCUCCUUAUUACAGCUAGCCUUUAACUCAACUUAUAUUUUAAGGUUGUAUUA